AGACUGUCUUAUGAUCAAGUAUUUAUAGUAAAGCUAUUUAUAAUGGUCACCAGAGGGGAGUGGAGAUCCAGAUAAACUUGCAACAUGGGAACUUCAGAGCAGCCCUGGAGGAUGUAAAAAAAGUUGAAAAAGCCUUUUCACAACUGGAAAAAAUAUUUCAGUUCCUUCCAACUUGAAAAUCUACCUAGCCAAGCUUCACAUGGACUACCACAGCAGUGACGAGGACGCAGAUGCUGACUUUGACACACAGCUCAUCAUCCAACAGAGUCUGCUGGAUAUUUACAAGCCAGGAAUAACUCAGCCCACUCCAGAAGAUGAGAGAUCCCAUUCCUUUCCGAGUGAUGACUAUAAGAAGAUAGCUGAAGCAAUCGAGACAGGUAAGGAAGAUGCUCUGGCACAUUUUGCCAAGUACCAUCCUGCCUUUGAUGAAGCCGAUGGGAAUGGCUGGCUUCCUCUGCAUAAGGCAGCAGUGCAGUUAAACAAGAACAUCUUAGAAAUAACCCUGAACGCUUCCAAACCCAGCACUUGGGAACGAACCACCGGUAACGGCGAAACCCCACUUUUUUUGGCUGUCAGCAGUAGCCUCCUGGAAAAUGCCCAUUUCCUCCUUCUCCGUGGCUGCAAUGCAAAUGCUAAGAAUUCUGAAGGCAAUUCCCCUCUUCUUACAGCUGUUCUGAGAGACUCCUACGACGUGGCCACCUUGCUGAUUAGCCACGGAGCAGAUGUCAAUCUUCGAUGUGCCAAUGAGAGGACAGCUCUCCAUGAAGCUGCCAAGCUAGGCAGACAGGAAAUGGUAAAGCUGAUGCUGAGCUCCGGAGCAUACCCGGAUGCACGGAGCUCCUACGGAUUCACGCCUCUUGCCCUUGCUGCUCAAGGUGGACACACUGAGAUCAUGCAACUAUUACUGCAGAAAGGAGCUGACGUUCACAGUCAGGCCUCUGACUCUUCCUCUGUUUUACUUGAAGCUGUUAGAGGAGGGGACCCAGAAUCUGUGAGCCUCUUGCUAGAGUACGGGGCUGAUGCCAACAUUCCUAAGAGUUCAGGCCACCUGCCCAUUCACGUGGCAGCUGACAAAGGCCAUUUCCUAGCUCUAAAGGUAUUGGUCCCAGUCACAGAUAUCGCGGCCAUCAAGAAGAGUGGGAUCAGUCCAGUUCACUGCGCAGCAGCGGGGGCGCACCCCCAAUGCCUGGAGCUUCUCAUUCAGGCUGGAUUUGAUGUGAAUUUCAUGCUGGAUCAGAGAAUCCGUAAACAUUAUGACGAUCAAAGGAAGUCAGCCUUGUAUUUUGCCGUUUCAAAUGGUGACCUCUCUUCAGUUAAGCUGCUUCUGAGUGCUGGAGCUCUACCUAAUCAAGACCCAGUCAACUGCCUACAGAUAGCUCUCAGGAUGGGCAACUAUGAGCUCAUAAGUCUAUUACUGAGGCAUGGGGCCAAUGUUAAUUACUUCUGUCGAGUUAACCCUUUGCAUUUCCCAUCAGCACUGCAAUACACACUGAAAGACGAAGUCAUGCUCAGGAUGCUGUUAAACUAUGGCUAUGACACUGAGCGAUGUUUUGACUGUCCUCAUGGGGAAAGGGUUCAUCGGCUUUGUACUUUUGAAGGCUGGACAUCUACAGUUAUUAAAGAUACUAUGUUUUGUGAAGUCAUAACUUUGUCAUGGCUACAGCAUCUCUCUGGGAAAGUUGUUCGUGUAAUGCUUGAUUAUGUUGAUCAAGUUCAAAUUUGUUCAAAAUUGAAAGCUGUGCUGGAAAAACAAAAGGUCUGGCCAGAAAUACAUUUAAUCUUGACCAAUCCCCGUUCUCUACAACAUCUGUGCCGCCUUAAGAUCCGGAAGUGUAUGGGACGAUUACGUUUGCGCUGCCCUGUCUUCAUGUCAUUUCUUCCGCUGCCCAAUCUCUUAAAAGCUUACGUCCUUUACAAAGAAUAUGACCUUUUUGGCCAAGAAAGUUCCACAGGAACAUGGUAACUGAGCUCUUCUAAAGGAAAAGUGGUGUCAAUUAAGGCAGAGACUCCUAACUGGUGAAAAUGUGGGAAUAAAUAAUUGCUGAGUGCUCAGCCGUAAGCAGAACAUUCAUAAUCUGGCCCUCCGAGGCUAAGAGCACAUGACAGAAGGAACAGAAAAACUGUUAAGAGCAAGAAGAUGGGGAUGGGGGCUAUAAAAACUGUAUAUAACAUGGUCAUCAUGAUCUCAUGAACUAUAGACACUGUGGGUAGGACUGCACAUGACUGGGCCCACCAACAUCCCAUCACAGUACCCAAGGGAAAGUGCUUGCCACAUUAGCCUGAUGACCAGGAUUUGAUCUCUACUAGCAAGAGAAAACCAACUCCAACAAGUGUCUUCUGAUCUCCACAUGCACACCAUGGCUCAUACACACACACACACACACACACACACACACCAUUUCUCUAAAUUAAUAAUAAUAAAAAAAUCCCAUCAAGGAUCAUGGCGAGAUCACGAGGCCCCACUAUUCCCAGAAGAGGAGCUACUGGUAAUUGGCAGCUGCUAAGGGAAAGGAGUCACUUUCUUCAGUGGUAUAACCCUGGAAGCUGUUCAUACUCCGAGAAGUUAAUUACUUGUAUGGGACAGUCACAUCAGUGCUGCUCUGUCUGCAAAAUCAUGCAAGCAACCCUAGUUACCCAGUGAAUUGGAUGGAUGGAUGGAUAGAUAGAUAGAUAGAUAGAUAGAUAGAUAGAUAGAUAGAUAGAUUAGAUUAGAUUGGAUGGAUGGAUGGAUGGAUGGACGGACAAAUAGACAUACAGACAGAUAGGAAGGAAAGGGAACAUACUGCAGGGAAGAAAGGGUUUGGCAGGAGUGUAAAAGGGAUAAGAGGAGGUGAUGGUAAACAUAAUCAAAAAAUAUGUAUGUGAAACUAUCAAAAAUAAAUUUUAAAAAUUGUAAAGUAGCUCUGAAGGCAGGUAUGAUGGUAUAUGCCUACAAUCCCAGCUCUUGGGAGACAGAGGCAGAAGAAUCAAGAAUUCAAGGUCACCCAUGGCUACAAGGUAAAUCCAAGGAAGCUUUGGCUGUAUGAGACUGUCUCAAAAACAAACAAAAAAAGUAGCUUUGAACAUAGCUUCUCAACAUUUGCCUAAAACUGUAAGGUAAUUACAAUUCAAAACCAAAAGCUCAUCCAAGUACAGUGGCACAUGCCUAGAAUCCAAACUAUUCAGGUGAGGUAGGAGGACCUCAAAUCAAGGACAUCCUAGGCUAUAGGGCAAGACCUUGAGAGCUAAUACAAAUUUCAAGUAACUGAGAUACAUGCAGUCCUAAUAGUGUGCUGAUCUUAUAGUAAGUGCAUAAAUGCAAUUUCUUUGUGCUUAAAACAACAAUUUCUGACCACUUUUUUUUUUUCUUAACUCUGCUGGCCCGGAACUCAAAGAUGGACCUGAAUGCUAGAAUUAAGUGUGCACAACCAUCCCUGGCCAUGCCUCUUGUAAUCUUACAGUAUGUCUUACUGAUUCAAAUGAAUAGAAUAGCAGCCCCAUUACAUGACCUAGAAAUUAGCAGUCCAUGUACCACACCCACAACCCCAGUGCCAACUUAGCUAUGACACCAUCUCUUCAUAGCCAAGUACACAGACAAGGUAAUUUAGAACUCUAGAUUGACAUUUCAUCACUGACAGGAAAAACACUAGCCAUCUUUCUGGAAAUUCCUGGUUAUGGUUCACCAAUUACCGAUUGUGAUCCCUGGCAGAAGAAUUUAAAGUGUUUUCAAGUCAAUGAACAUAUGUUUUUUGCACUCAACACAGGCUGGUCCUGAACAGGGAGGGCUCACUACCACAGAAGAUGCCAUUUUAAGUUUUUAUUUCUAUACUAUAUUACCUGUAUAGAGUAUUUAAAUUGUUAUUCUUUUACUAGUGUGUAUAUAAGUAAAAGAUACUUAAGUUUUUACUCAGAUAUACGGGCUUAUAUGCAAAGUUGAGGAAGAAUAUAGGUGUUGAUUAGGCCACACUGUGUCUUGUUCAAAUGGCACAGAAGAGUGGUAUACCCCAUCUCACGGAAGCCCAGUUAGCCAUCACACUGAAGCUCUCACAUCAGUCUCAGUAUUUUUAGCAUCAGCAUAGUUAAUUUUUAGUACAACUAACGGUCUUUGACUUCCAAUACAGGGACCCAUGGCUACACUAGGUCCUUGAGUAAACACACUUUGUUACACUUCAAUUUCUGCAAUGCUAGUGAACUUGAAGACUUUAAGUCAUGCAUGCACUUAGGUAAGUCAUAAAAUUCUAGUUAAUUUCAUCCACUCCCUUGACCUACAAGUAUAUACACAUUUUUUAAAAUCUCAAAUAAAUUAGCAUACAAAUGCUAAGUUCUUGCUUGGUUCAACUACACAGAGCACAUGGAAUAAAUCCAUUAGUAUUAAAACUACAAGUCCAAGCUGCUUAAGCUAGAGCAAACAACCUGCCUUCUUAACUAGAAGAAUUUCUUCAAGUAGGAUAACUGCAUAAAGCACGUACCAUAAAUAACUUACUGGAGUAAUUAUUAAAGUCUCUUUCCUUUGCUAUAAAAAAAGUCAACAA